AUGAUUGAUGCCACGCCCCGCUAUAAUGGAAUUAGUUGCACCAUAUCAUUUCCAAAAGGAAAUGAUCUCUUACAGCCCGUUGUCUUAACCAAUCGAUCAUCUGUGUACAAUUUUGCAAUUCCAACUGGAAACAACCUAAUCUAUGGGGACUUAGAACCUAUUAGUUUACUAUAUUCGCCUUCUAAUAAUCACAUCGAAGGAACUUACACCAAUUUAACAUCGUUCUUGUGUUCCGGUGGUGAAACGUUAAGAUCGAAGAUUAGAACUAGCGAUUUUGAAAGUAUUAACUGUAAGUCGUACGUCAAGGCUGGCAUAUCAGUGACACGUACGAAAUGCGGAAGAAAUUUGGGAAAUAUUAUCAAUAUUGGCUAUCAGGUUUCGAAGAAGCAAUUUCUCACGUUAAUAACAACUUGUUAUGACAGUUCCAACGGAAAUGCACUGUACGCAAACCACACAGUCUAUGGACAGGCAUAUCCAGCUUUCUCACAACAAUCGUUUCGACCACCGUUCUCUGAAGUGGGCUUGCCUUAUGAUUUAAAAGCUAACGAACUUUACAAACAAAAAAAUCAAAAGCAAGUGCUAGCAGUUCUUCUAGGAUCUGCCCCUGCCGCCAACCAGUAUUACACCAGUAGCCAAUUUUUAGCAAGAGGUCACCUAGCUCCCGACGCGGAUUUUGUUUACGCUCCUUUACAAUUCGCCACAUAUUUUUAUGUUAACAUCUGUCCUCAGUGGCAAAGCAUUAACGCCGGAAAUUGGUUAGCAAUAGAAUCAAUGGUGAGGAAAACAUCGGGAAAGAUCAAGCAACCACUGCAGGUAUUUACGGGGACACACGAUAGAUUGACCUUACCGGAUGUUAAUGGAAAUCCUGUGGAAGUUUAUUUAGAAAAAUCGGGACGCAUUCCCGUUCCUAAGUAUUUGUGGAAAAUUGUAUAUAACGAGAGAACCAGAGAGGGAAUAGCAUUUGUAGCUAUUAAUAACCCAUUCCUAGAUGAGGUUUAUGAGGACGAUUUGUUGUGCACGGACAUUUGCGACGAAUACAAUUGGAGUCGUGCCAACUUUGGAGUAAUCAAGAAGGGGUACGUUUUCUGUUGUAACGUAAUGGAUUUGAAAAGAGUCGUUACCACCAUUCCUUACCUUCGUUUAGAAGGUAUAUUGCGAGCAUAGGCUUACGUGUAUUUAAAUGGUUUCUUGAAUAAACU